AUGUCUUUAACAAACUGCCGUUUCUACGAGGAGAAGUAUCCGGAGAUCGAUAGCUUCGUCAUGGUUAAUGUGAAGCAGAUUGCCGAGAUGGGCGCCUACGUAAAACUCCUCGAGUACGACAACAUCGAUGGCAUGAUUCUCCUCUCCGAACUUUCGAGGCGACGCAUUCGGAGUAUCCAGAAGCUCAUCCGCGUGGGUCGCAACGAAGUCGUAGUGGUUCUUCGAGUUGACAAAGAGAAGGGAUACAUUGAUCUUUCCAAGCGCCGAGUCUCCACUGAGGAUGUCAUAAAAUGCGAAGAGCGAUACAACAAGGGCAAGAUGGUGCACUCCAUCAUGCGCCAUGUCGCCGAGAAGACCGAGACCCCCAUCGAGGAUCUCUACAAGGCCAUCGGCUGGCCUCUGAACAAGAAAUAUGGCCAUGCUAUCGAUGCUUUCAAGAUCUCGAUAACGAACCCCGACGUAUGGAAUGACAUCACCUUCCCUAGCAACGCUGUAAAGGAGGAGCUCUUGUCCUAUAUUGGAAAGCGCCUUACUCCUCAACCAACCAAGGUCCGAGCCGACGUCGAGGUUACCUGCUUCGGGUACGAUGGAAUCGACGCGAUCAAGACGGCACUUUCUCAAGCCGAGGCACGCGACACCCCCGAGACGCAGGUCAAGGUUCGCCUGGUAUCACCGCCUCUAUACGUUAUGACCAGCACUUGCUUGGAUAAGAACGAGGGUAUCAAGCGACUGGAGGAGGCCAUCGUCGAUGUCCGGACCAGCAUCGAGGCUGCGGGAGGAAAGUUGGAGGUGAAGAUGGAGCCCAAGGCCGUUACCGAGAGCGACGACGCCGAGCUGCAAGCGCUUAUGGAGAAGAGGGAGAGGGAGAAUGCGGAGGUUAGCGGAGAUGAGAGUGUCAGCGAAAGCGACGACAAUGCGCCUGAUGCGAUUUAA